AUGGCGACUCUAAAAGAUCUCCCUGUAGUGUUGUUGAUUGAAAUUCUAUCAAGGCUUUCGAUAGAGUCUCUACUCCAAUUUAAGUCCGUUUGUAAAUUCUGGUACGCUCUGAUCAACGAUCCUGCAAUAUUUUCUUUUCAAGAUAAAUGUAUUUUUAUCAAACGUCAAGUAAUGGUCAAUUUUCAAUACUAUACGUACAUACCCUCCAUCAUCAAGUUGUCUCACGCCCCCGGUAGAUCUAUGUCCAUUCUCGAUGUCAACAAUCCAUUCAGAGAUACUGCACUUUUUGAUAUUUGCGGUCAUUCUCAUGGCUUAGUUUGUCUUUCGUUCGAUAGGGAUAUUUUCCUUUUUAAUAUGACGACCGAAAAGUUUCGUAAGCUUCCAUCAUCGAUUCUUCACUAUGGACAUCCCUAUAACGUGGAUUCUUCAUUCACAAACGCUGUUGGAUUCGGAUACGAUUCCAAAUCUGAGGAUUUCAAAGUGGUUAGGGUUGUACAAUUUCGCAACCAAUAUGGAGAACUUUAUCGUCCACCUGGAGUGGAAAUUUGUGAGUUGAGGAAAGAAAGAUGGAGGGAAAUUGAAUCCUCUACUUGUGGGCGUGUAUCGAUGUCAUUUGCUCCUGAGAUGCAUCAUAAAGGAACAUAUUAUUGGUGGGCGUACAAAAAAGAAGAAGGAAAUAUUAUACACACGUUCGACAUGAGCGAAGAAAUUUUUGGCCAAAUUUCAGUACCGAACAAUUUAGUAGAGGAGGAUGUGGAGUAUAUAAGUAUGGGGAUGUUGAAUGGAUCAAUUGUUGUAUUUCACGGCUCAAACGCAGGGAAUGAAAAAACAUUCUCGGUUUGGGAGAUGGAGAAAGAUGUCUUUUCAUGGUCAAAACUAAUGACAAUUGGUCCUUUUUUUGGAGUCGAGAAGCCAUUGUUGUUUGUGAGUUCAGAUGAACUUUUAAUGGAAGCCGACGAAGGACAAGUGAUUUCUUACCAUGUUAAAACUCACGUGACCAAAGUUCUUCCCAUAAAAGGGCGUCCAUGUGUGUUCGCUGAUACUUAUUUGGACUAUAGUUUGGCGGACUAUAGUUUGUAUUAAAAUAUAAUAUUUAGAAUAUAUCUUAGAUAUUCA